UUUAAACUCGUGAUUGUGUUGAUCAAAAUUCUGGUCACAUUGUCGUUCGCCGAUAGCAGAUGUUUCGUGAUAUAAACUAUGUCUGCUAAUAUCAGGUAUCAGAGGACGUGUGCUGCAAAUAUAGUUGUGGAAUAUUUUGAGAAAUCUGAUGAUGCGUAUUAGUUGUGUUAUAAUACAACUAUGUAGGUCAAAAUUUAUGUUCACUAUUCAAAAUUAUUUUUUUCUUAACAACAUAGCAUAAAACCGGUUUCUUUAUACCUAGAGCUGUUACUGUUAAAAUUAUAUUACGCUUUUAUUUUGAGACGUGUUCAUAUUAGAAAUAUGCUUCUGAAAUCAUCUGUUGAAUUCCCCCCCUCAUGCUUUAGCUGACUAAAAAAAAUUCAAAAAUGGCAGAUUGUGUCACGGUGGAUAUAAUUUCCAAUAGAGAAUCUGUCAAAAAUGUAUUAUCUUUGGGAGUACGGCUUGCCUACAGUGUUGGCCAUGUCCUCAAUGAUCUAUGUGCAUCUAUGUGGUUUACAUAUCUUCUCGUGUUUCAACACUCAGUUCUGCAAUUUACAAACUACAUAGCUGGUAAUCUUAUGCUGUUAGGACAAGUUGCAGAUGCCAUUGCGACGCCUUUUGUAGGUUAUGAAUCAGAUCGGCCGAAUAAUCUUUGGCUUUGUAAAUAUGGAAAAAGAAAAGCAUGGCAUUUGUUUGGUACUAUCUGUGUGGCAGGAAGUUUCCCAUUUUUAUUUAUGGAAUGCAUAAACUGUUCCAAUUCAUCUCAAAAUGCUCAAUUUGUAUAUUAUGGAGCAUUCAUUGUGAUAUUUCAGUUUGGUUGGGCAUCAGUUCAAGUUUCUCAUUUAUCACUCAUUACUGAUCUCACACCCAUUUCUUCUGAAAGAGUUGAGCUUAAUUCAUUAAGGUAUGCCAUGACAGUAAUGUCUAAUAUAUGUGCAUAUAGUACUCUGUGGGUUCUUUUAGGAAUAGCUAACGAUGAAGAGAAGCAUAUUGGUCCUCAAGAUUUAUCAAUUUUUAGGAAUGUUGCUCUUUUUAUGGUUGGUGUUGGGCUGGUUUUCGCAACAUUAUUCCAUGUCUUUGUUAAAGAAAGAGAUCAUCAAACUUUUGCUUCACGGGAACAAUAUGCUAUUAAUGAAGCAAGUGAUGCAAUUGAAAAACCUCAUCUAAGGUGGAAAGACUGGUUCAAGCAACCUCAAUUUUACAUGAUAGCAGUUUUGUAUAUGGCUACAAGAUUAUAUGUUAAUUUAUCCCAAAUUUAUAUGCCUUUGUAUAUACAAGAUAGUCUUGAACUCCAUAAGGCCAAAAUUGCUAUCAUUCCAUUAGUUAUAUAUGUGAGUGGUUUUCUGUCUUCAUUUUUCAUGAAGUUCCUAAAUAGUGUUCUAGGAAAUAAGAUAACAUACUUUUUAGGCUGUUUACUAGCAUUAUCUGCAUCUACCUGGAUAUAUUAUGGUAAAGGAUCUACAUAUUGUGAAUAUGAAUUAUAUGCUGUUGCUGUUCUCAUUGGCAUAGCAGGAUCAACUCUUUUGAUUAUAUCACUUGCCAUAACAUCGGAUCUUAUUGCAAACAGUACAACUAGUUGUGCUUUUGUGUUUGGGUCUAUGAGUUUUGUUGAUAAGCUAUCAAAUGGUAUCGCAGUUGUAAUAAUUCAGGAUAUUCAUCCAUGCUUAACUUGUUGCAUUGAAUGUAAAUUCUAUUACAAGUAUGUUUUGGUGUAUGCAUGUGGAGGAGCUGUAUUACUCGGUCUAGUAGCACUAUCAUUUUUACUCACUCAGUCAAUUGGAGAAAGAAGAAAUGAAGAUCAGUUGCACCAAAAUUCCAUUGUCCGAAACCAUCGAACACACAAUGGGAGCAUUUCUAAAUCUUCUGAAAAGAAACCAUUAUUAGGAGAGCAAGAUUCAGAUACUCCAGGGGUGUGAUUUCUCGAUCUCCCAAAUCAAAAACUACAAGAGUAUAUGCAUCACAAACUUAUACCUGCUGUGUGCAAUACAUAUAGUGAUAAUGGCAUUACAAAGCAAAUAAAGAUAUUUUUUUUAGCAAGCUGGCUUUUAUAAAUUCAUUUUGCUUGACUUUUUAAUGGAAAAAGGUGCUACUGAGUAAGAGAACCAUAAUUAUGAGUUCCUUAGUCCAUUUAAAUUUAGGAAUUUAAUUUCUUUAUUUGGAAUUUUGUCAUAUUCAUAUAAUGAACUGUAUUUUAUAUUAGUUGUUUGUCCUUCAUAAAACAUGCAAAAAUUAUGCCUUGUGUCUGUUUAUAUUUUAAAAAAAUUAAAAAUUGUUUUUGUACAAAGUAGAUUUGAAUUUUAAGUAUUUAUUAAAAAAGUUAAUUUAAAAUUGAGAUUCAGAGUUGCCAUAUUAUUUAUGCCAUUUCUAAUUAAAAUUUGUUGAUUUUUCUCUUCCUAAAAAUGGUUAAAAUCAAAGUUAUUUUUUUAUUUUUUAUUAUUUCAAAAGAUGACCUUUUUGUUAGGUAGUAUAAAUUUAGUAUGAAUCAAGAAUUAAUGUAAACAGAAUUAAAAAAUACAAAUGUCCUUAAAUAAUAAAAUUGUGAAUAAAGUAAUGGUACUAAUAUAUUUAUAGAAAGAGAGCUAUAUAUAAAUAGAUAGAUUAAUUCAAAAGGAAACUAAAGUAAAAUUACUGAUAACUUUUAUCUAGUGACUUUUCUUUUUGUUGAAAUAUUAUACAUAAAAUUUAUAUGUUGUUUUAGAAAAUUUAAAUCAUUUUGAAUUGAAGACAAGACUUAUACAAAGUAAUUAUUUAUUUUUGAAUAAAUUAUUACUGAAUGUACAGAAUGUUACUGAAUCUUUUACUUAUUUUGAAAUAAAUAUUUGACCUUUUAUAAUUAUCUUCAAACCAGUAAUUUGAGUAACUUUAACGUUUUUUUUUUUUUUUUUUUUUUUUUUUUUUUAGAUUAUUUUUUCUUACAUAUUAUCUUCCGUGCAAAAAAAAAAUGCAUAUAUAUAUAGUCUUUGCAAAAGGGCAAUGUAAGAAUAUCACAAGUAUUAUUGUAUGUAUGUGUUUUGUAUGUAUGUAUUAUUUGUGCAACAGUUUUUUAUAUCAUAUUCAUGCAUAUGUGAUAACCAAGUCAUUUUCAUUGUGAAUUUCAUAUUUUGGAAGAUCUCCAUAUUUAUUUAUUUACUAAAGGUGCAUUAUAAGUUAUUUUUAUUCUUUAAUUCUAAAGGAGUUUUGUAUUUCAAAUACUACGUCAUCUGACUAUGUUUGUUUAUUUCAUCAUUUGUUCCUGAGAUUACUUUCUUGUUACAAAAUGAAUGAUAUAUUUAUCUGUUCUUCCCCACUGAAAUUAAGUUUCAUAGAUUUAGUAUAAAAGUUAUUCAAACUGGAUAUAGACAUUCCUUUAUAUAAGUUUAUUGUAUGCUUAUACAAGUUCUAAGUCAGAUUUUCAUGUUUAUUAUUUUUAUUUCUUUAUGAUAUAAUGAAAAAUGUAUAAAUGAGCUGAAUACUCUGCCACUCUAGUUCUUUAUUGUUUACUCCUCAACAGCUUGUAUUAUAUCCAGUUCAUAUUAGUUUAAUCAUUUAAUUAUUAGAUAUUUUUUAUUCCAUGCUUGUAUCUCUAAUAUAUGCUUGUAUCUCUAAAUAUUUACCAUUUGAAUGUGCUUAAGUUCUCUAUAUAUGUGUAUCCUAAGAAUUGGGAAGUAUCUUUUGGAAUGCUUGAAGUGAAACAAAAUUUUAAUAUUAUGUAAACUCAUCAAAGUGAUCUUAGAAGCUCGUGAAAAAAAAAUCGAGUAGUUUGAUAAAUUAAAAAUUAUGAUUAGAUAUAUUUAUCAUAGCUACCAACUUUCCCUAAUAUUUUUUUUUUUUUAUGCAUCUCUUGAUUUUCCAGUAGAUCAACAGUUUCUCUAUUUCUAAUUUUUAGACUUUACUGAGAAAACCUUUUUUACAGCAAUAAAGGAAAUAUGUUGAAAUGAUGAAAUUUAAAGUGUCCAAUUUUCAUUUUCCCACCCCUACUGAAUUUCAGCGUAAUUUUUGUCAUCAAAUUUCAUUUUAUCUGAAUUGUCGAAAUUUAUAGUGGAUAUUUUUAGAACUUUAUAAGAAAAGUACUAAAUGAAAUUAUACAGGAAAAGGUAAAAUUCAGAAUAAUUAAAUAUUAAUGUAUUUUGUACCAGAAACAUAUUAUAAGUAGUUGAAUAACUCAAGCCAUGCAUUAUAAAAGCAAAUUUUAGUCUGGGGUUCUUUUGAAAUGGAGCCAUUAUACAGCACAAAUCUCCUGGAAAUUUCAGAGUUUUGGCACAAAAACCAUACGGUGUUUCAUAUUUCAGUGUUGGCAUCUAUGAUAUAUAGGUUAACUAUGUGUAAUAAAUUGGUUGUAUAGUAAAAUCAAAUAACUUAUAUUUGAGGUAGGGUAAGAUACCUGCAGAAUAAACAAUUAUUUUAAAUUGCUUUCAGAGUACAUGUUGAUAGAUAUUUUAGUGUGUAAAGUUGGAAUAUAUUUUAAAUAUAAUUGUAAUUUUUUUAUAUGAUAAACCAGAAGAUUGUAAAUUUAAUGUUGUCAUUAGUAUAGCAUCUGUUUUAUAAGAUGUUUUAAAUUUUGUAUUAGAAAGGUCAAAUUUUAUUUUACAGUAUUUGUUUUUUAAUGCAAAUUACAUUGCAAUCAUAUUAUCAAAAAGAUGUAAUUUUAUACAUGGUGAAUUUUUAUUUUUAUAGUGUUUGUGAAAAUAAACUUUGUUUCAUUCUUUGAUGUUUAGAUAAUAAAAUCAAAAUUUAAAUUUUUUUCAUUAAUCUUUAAAUAAGGUUGGUUGCUUGAUAUGCUGUUGACUUCUUUGUCAAAUAAAUUAUGGUAUCCUAGGUAAAAAGAAUUUUAUUUGGAAAUAAUUUUGUUUUUAUCUCAGAAAGCUAUAAAUUGAAAUAUUAUUUAAUUUUUAUAUGAUAACUGUACUGAAAGAGGAAAAAAAAAUUGCAAAAGUAGAUGCAGGCAAUAGCAAAAUAUAGAAAUGUGUAAAAGAAGAAAACAUACUUUCAGUACUUGUAGUAUAGAUGACCUUGAGAAACUUACUUUUAGUAUUUUGUAAAAAAGGUGAAUUUGAAUAUCCCAGAACCUCCUCCCCCCUCUUUUUUUUUAAAGAAUAUUUAGUACUCUUUUUUACAUCUGUUUUGCAUUUAUGAGGUGAAGCCCUUAAUUUCGUUUCUAUUCUUUAGUCACUUCAAAGAGCCUGUGUUUGAAUUUUCCACACCACGUUGAAAAUACAAAGGGAAUAUGUUAUUACAACAGAGAGAAGUUACAAAUAACAAGAACGUGAUAUAACUUGUAGCUUAUAGUAAUUAAGUAUUUACAACUCCGUUAUAUGUACAGUUGGUUUAUUAUUCAGAUUUCCUAAUUCUCAAAGAAUAAAAAUUUAAUAAAUUCUUAAUAAAAGAUCCAUUUACUAAUGGCAAGUUUUAACAUUCAUUAGCAAUCAAAUGGAAAGAUUGCUAAACAGUAAUAGUUUGACCUUGUUUAAAUCCUGGCAUAUGGGCUGGAUAUUUUUCAUGGUUUUGCCCGUGUAAAACAUGACUAUAAUCCAAUUUCCAUUUAAAAAUUCCUUCAUGAAGAUAUCAUUUCCUUCAGGCAGAUAGCUCUCAAGUUCUUUGCUAUAUCCCAAUCCACUUCAUGGCAAUUUAUCAUGCAAAUAGUUAGAUCUUCACAAACCAAUAUGAGAGAUUGACAGUGAUAAUAUCUGCCACCUAUUUCAUGAUACCUCCAUACUGUUGUCUUAAAUCCAUUUAUUUUGUGUAAUUUUGGGAAAAUGAGGUCAAAAAUAACAAAGCAAUAUUAAAUCUUUAGUGGUUAAUUUAGCUGAAAAAAUUCUGGUACAUUUUAUUUAUUAAAAUUCACUUGAAAUAUUAGUUAGUAAAAUAAAUGUUACUUGAAAAUGGAAAGUUUGGGAACAUUUUUGUCUUAUUUAUUCCUGCAUUUGUAUCAAAUAAACUUUAUUAAUUCUUUAUGCAUAGAUAUUAGCCAAAACUAUGAAGCAUUGGUAGUUUGCCUAGAAAUUAUUUCUAGUGGCUAAAUGAAAUCUGCGUAAAGUUUUCAUGCUUUCUUCCUAUUUAACAUAUAAAUUUAUUUUCCUUAAAAAUACCUCCAUUUAGGUUAAUUGCCUAAGUUUGCUUUAUCAUAAUCCAAUCUAUUUCAUAUUAAAUCCUUAAAGGACUAUUUUAUUGCUUCCAUUUCUAUAGAUUUUAAAGUGUAAGGUUUACUGAAAUUGUGAAAAAUUACAUAAAUUUAUUUGGUUAUAGUGUUUAUUUAUAUUAUUUAAUUAGAUACUAGUAAUCAAGAGUAAGUCAAUACUUGCUUACUAUAUAGAUUUAUAUCCAAAUAUUAUUAUCAAUUAAAUGUACUAAAUAUUCCCUAAGAAAGUACAGAAUCUGAGAUCACUUACUAAGUCUAUCCAAUAUAAAUAUCUAUUGAUUAUUGGUAAGUGUCCUGGAAUCUUUAGGAAAAAGAGGUCUGUAUUUGUCCUUUCCUUAUUCUUUAAUGACUGAAAUGGAGACAAAUAAAAUGUUUUUUAUGUGA